GGUAUUGUAAUGUGUUUUUUUUUUUUUUUUUAUUAUUAUUAUUAUUAUCUUCAGCUGACCCUUAUUUCUAGGUUUAUGUAUUUCUAUUCUAGUUAAUACGGUAAUACAAAACAUAAAUGCGGCACUGUGCCUUUAAGAGACUAUUGUGGUCCUCCACAAUCCCAUCAGCCCUCAAAUCGGCAGCGCGCAGUUGUGCUCGGCGCAGAAACAGAACAUACAGCGGCACGAAAUACUGUCUUUUCACGGAGUCUUGGAUAAUAUGUGUGCAAUUCUAAUAGCGAAUGCCUUGCUUAUUAUUGCAUGUUAAAGUAUACAGUGUGUUUGUUUGGAUGCUUUGAUUGUAUACAGGACGCGCUGUAUCAGUCUUGCACAGCAAGGCCUCCACGUUGUGUUGGAAGCUGCGAAACGCAUGUGAAUAUUUGUGUUUGUAAGAAGCAGCAGCGUAUUUAAAAUGUCAGGGUUUAACUUCGGGGCCGGCGCUGGAGGGUUGACUUCUACAGGCACGACUGCAGGAGGGUUUGGAGCGUUUGGAGCUGCCGCCGGUGCUUCAAGUAACCCUGCGGGCACAGGGAGCUUCACCCUGGGCAACAUGGCCUCUGUGGCUCCGACGAUCGGCGCUGGCACCACCACCACCUCAUCCCUGGGACUUGGGGGCGGACUUUUUGGGCAAACAAAACCUGCCACUGGGUUCUCCUUCGGGGGAGCCCCCACUGGAACCGCGGCAACAUCGACUGUGACAGGGCUGGCACUGGGGGCGCCUGCAACCACGUCUGCAGCUGCAACAGGCUUCAGUUUAGGGUUUAGUAAACCAGCUGCAUCCUCCGGCCCCUUCAGUCUUCCUGCCACGGGAGGGGGCCUCUCUCUGGGGUCCGCACUGACGUCAGCAAUGCCAGCAGGUUCGACAGGGUUUGCACUCAGCCUGGGCAGCACCCCGGCUGCAUCUACAGCAUUAACAGGCUUGUCGCUGGGCUCCACGGGGUUAGGGUCGAGUCUGUUUGCAAGCUCUGCAGCCACAGGUCUCGGGCAAGGUCUCGGGCACGGCUUCGGGCAAGGUCUCGGGCAGAGCUCUUUAGGCUUGGGCUCGACUUUAGGGAUGUCCACAGCAGCUCCUACAGCUACGACUAGCCAGGGUCUUGGAGGAGUCGAUUUCACUAGCUCUUCAGAGAAGAAGAGUGACAAGUCAUCAGGAGCCAGACCAGAGGAUAGUAAAGCACUUAAGGAUGAAAACCUACCUCCUGUCAUCUCUCAAGAUGUAGACAAUUUUCAAAAGUUUGUGAAGGAGCAGAAACAGGUUCAGGAGGAGAUCAGCCGCAUGUCCUCCAAGGCAAUGCAGAAAGUGCAGGAUGAUAUUAAGAGUCUGAAGCAGCUCCUGUCUGUGUCUGCUAGUGGCCUGCAGAGAAACUCCCAGGCCAUUGAUAAGCUGAAGAUUGAAACCGCACAGGAACUCAAAAACGCAGAGAUUUCCUUACGGACGCAGAAGAUCCCUCCUGGUCUGCAGCAUGAAAACACCGCCCCGUCUGAGUAAGCAGCAGCUCUUGUGCUUUCAG